CAAAGACCACAGUAGCCCAGACAACAUCUGAUACAAUGACCACAGUAGGUCAGACAAUAUCUGAUACAAUGACCACAGUAGCUCAGACAACAGCUGAUACAAUGACCACAGAAGGUCAGACAACAUCUGAUACAAUGACCACAGUAGCCCAGACAACAUCUGAUACAAUGACCACAGUAGGUCAGACAAUAUCUGAUACAAUGACCACAGUAGCUCAGACAACAGCUGAUACAAUGACCACAGAAGGUCAGACAACAUCUGAUACAAUGACCACAGUAGCCCAGACAAUAUCUGAUACAAUGACCACAGAAGAUCAGACAAUAUCUGAUACAAUGACCACAGAAGGUCAGACAACAUCUGAUACAAUGACAACAGUAGCACAGACAACAUCUGAUUCAAUGACUACAGUAGAUCAGACAACAUCUGAUACAAUGACGACAAAAGGUCAGACAACAUCUGAUACAAUGACCACAGAAGGUCAGACAACAUCUGAUACAAUGACGACAGAAGGUCAGACAACAUCAGAUACAAUGACCACAGAAAGUCAGACACCAUCUGAUACAAUGACCACAGAAGGUCAGACAACAUCUGAUACAAUGACAACAGUAGCACAGACAACAUCUGAUUCAAUGACUACAGUAGAUCAGACAACAUCUGAUACAAUGACGACAAAAGGUCAGACAACAUCUGAUACAAUGACCACAGAAGGUCAGACAACAUCUGAUACAAUGACGACAGAAGGUCAGACAACAUCAGAUACAAUGACAACAUUAGGUCAGACAACAUCUGGUACAAUGACCACAGAAGGUCAGGCAACAUCUGAUACAGUGACCACAGAAGGUCAGACAUCAUCUGAUACAAUGACAACAGUAGGUCAGACAACAUCUGAUACAAUGACCACAGUAGCCCCUAUAACAUCUGAUACAAUGACCACAGGAGAUGAGACAACUUCUGACACAACGACCACAGAAGCCAAGACAACAUCUGAUGCAAUGACGACAGAAGGUCAGACAACAUCUGAUACAAUGACCAAAGUGGCCCCUACAACACCUGAUACAAUGACCACAGGAGAUAAGACAACAUCUGACACAAUGACCACAGAAGCCCAGACAACAUCUGAUACAAUGACCACAGUAGGUCAGACAAUAUCUGAUACAAUGACCACAGUAGCUCAGACAACAGCUGAUACAAUGACCACAGAAGGUCAGACAACAUCUGAUACAAUGACCACAGUAGCCCAGACAAUAUCUGAUACAAUGACCACAGAAGAUCAGACAAUAUCUGAUACAAUGACCACAGAAGGUCAGGCAACAUCUGAUACAAUGACAACAGUAGCACAGACAACAUCUGAUUCAAUGACUACAGUAGAUCAGACAACAUCUGAUACAAUGAUGACAAAAGGUCAGACAACAUCUGAUACAAUGACCACAGAAGGUCAGACAACAUCUGAUACAAUGACGACAGAAGGUCAGACAACAUCAGAUACAAUGGCCACAGAAAGUCAGACACCAUCUGAUACAAUGACCACAGAAGGUCAGACAACAUCUGAUACAAUGACAACAGUAGCACAGACAACAUCUGAUUCAAUGACUACAGUAGAUCAGACAACAUCUGAUACAAUGACGACAAAAGGUCAGACAACAUCCGAUGCAAUGACAACAUUAGGUCAGACAACAUCUGGUACAAUGACCACAGAAGGUCAGGCAACAUCUGAUACAAUGACCACAGAAGGUCAGACAACAUCUGAAUCAAUGACCACAGGAGAUCAGACAACAUCUGACACAAUGACCGCAGUAGCUCAGACAACAUCUGAUACAAUGACGACAGAAGGUCAGACAACAUCAGAUACAAUGGCCACAGAAAGUCAGACACCAUCUGAUACAAUGACCACAGAAGGUCAGACAACAUCUGAUACAAUGACAACAGUAGCACAGACAACAUCUGAUUCAAUGACUACAGUAGAUCAGACAACAUCUGAUACAAUGACGACAAAAGGUCAGACAACAUCCGAUGCAAUGACAACAUUAAGUCAGACAACAUCUGGUACAAUGACCACAGAAGGUCAGGCAACAUCUGAUACAAUGACCACAGAAGGUCAGACAACAUCUGAAUCAAUGACCACAGGAGAUCAGACAACACCUGACACAAUGAUCACAGUAGCUCAGACAACAUCUGAUACAAUGACCACAGAAGGUCAGACAACAUCUGAAUCAAUGACCACAGGAGAUCAGACAACAUCUGACACAAUGACCGCAGUAGCUCAGACAACAUCUGACACAAUGACCACAGUAGCCCAGACAAGAUCUGAUACAAUGACCACAGAAGGUCAGACAACAUCUAAUACAAUGACCACAGAAGGUCAGACAACAUCUGAUACAAUGACCACAAAAGGUCAGAAAACAUCUGAUACAAUGACGACAGCAGGUCAGACAACAUCCGAUACAAUGACCACAGUAGCCCAGACAACAUCUGAUUCAAUGACCAUUGGGGAUCAGACAACAUCUGGCACAAUGACCACAGUAGCCCAGACAAUAUCUGAUCCAAAGACCACAGUAGCCCAGACAACAUCUGAUACAAUGACCACAGUAGGUCAAACAAUAUCUGAUACAAUGACCACAGUAGCUCAGACAACAGCUGAUACAAUGACCACAGAAGGUCAGACAACAUCUGAUACAAUGACCACAGUAGCCCAGACAACAUCUGAUACAAUGACCACAGUAGGUCAGACAAUAUCUGAUACAAUGACCACAGUAGCUCAGACAGCAGCUGAUACAAUGACCACAGAAGGUCAGACAACAUCUGAUACAAUGACCACAGUAGCCCAGACAAUAUCUGAUACAAUGACCACAGAAGAUCAGACAAUAUCUGAUACAAUGACCACAGAAGGUCAGACAACAUCUGAUACAAUGACAACAGUAGCACAGACAACAUCUGAUUCAAUGACUACAGUAGAUCAGACAACAUCUGAUACAAUGACGACAAAAGGUCAGACAACAUCUGAUACAAUGACCACAGAAGGUCAGACAACAUCUGAUACAAUGACGACAGAAGGUCAGACAACAUCAGAUACAAUGACCACAGAAAGUCAGACACCAUCUGAUACAAUGACCACAGAAAGUCAGACAACAUCUGAUACAAUGACAACAGUAGCACAGACAACAUCUGAUUCAAUGACUACAGUAGAUCAGACAACAUCUGAUACAAUGACGACAAAAGGUCAGACAACAUCCGAUGCAAUGACAACAUUAGGUCAGACAACAUCUGGUACAAUGACCACAGAAGGUCAGGCAACAUCUGAUACAGUGACCACAGAAGGUCAGACAACAUCUGAUACAAUGACAACAGUAGGUCAGACAACAUCUGAUACAAUGACCACAGUAGCCCCUAUAACAUCUGAUACAAUGACCACAGGAGAUGAGACAACUUCUGACACAACGACCACAGAAGCCAAGACAACAUCUGAUGCAAUGACGACAGAAGGUCAGACAACAUCUGAUACAAUGACCACAGUGGCCCCUACAACACCUGAUACAAUGACCACAGGAGAUAAGACAACAUCUGACACAAUGACCACAGAAGCCCAGACAACAUCUGAUAUAAUGACCACAGUAAGUCAGACAACAUCUGAUACAAUGACCACAGUAGGUCAGACAACAUCUGAUACAAUGACCACAGAAGGUCAGACAACAUCUGAUACAAUGACCACAGUAGAUCAGACAACAUCUGAAUCAAUGACCACAGUAGAUCAGACAACAUCUGAAUCAAUGACCACAGAAGGUCAGACAACAUCUGACACAAUGACCACAGAAGGUCAGACAACAUCUGAAUCAAUGACCACAGAAGGUCAGACAACAUCUGAUUCAAUGACAACAGUAGCCCAGACAACACCUGAUACAAUGACGACAGUAGCCCAGACAACAUCUGAUUCAAUGACAACAGUAGCCCAGACAACACCUGAUACAAUGACGACAGUAGCCCAGACAACAUCUGAUACAAUGACCACAGAAGGUAAGACAACAUCUGAUACAAUGACCACAAAAGGUCAGACAACAUCUGACACAAUGACAACAGAAGGUCAGACAACAUCUGAUACAAUGACCACAGUAGGUCAGACAACAUCUGAUAAAUUGACCACAGUAGAUCACACAACAUCUGAUACAAUGACCACAGAAGGUCAGACAACAUCUGAUACAAUGACCACAGAAGGUCAGACAACAUCUGAUACAAUGACAACAGUAGCCCAGAUAACAUCUGAUACAAUGACCACAGUAGACCAGACAACAUCUGAUACAAAGACAACAGAAGGUCAGACAACAUCUGAUACACUGACCACAGUAGCCCAGACAACGUCUGAUACAAUAACCACAGUAGACCAGACAACAUCUGAUUUAAUGACCACAGUAGAUCAGACAACAUCUGAUACAAUGACCACAGAAGGUCAGACAACAUCUGAUACAAUGACAAAAGAAGGUCAGACAACAUCUGAUACAAUGACAAGAGUAGCCCAGACAACAUCUGAUACAAUGACCACAUUAGCCCAGACAACAUCUGAUUCAAUGACCACAGUAGCCCAGACAACAUCUGAUACAAUGACCACAGAAGGUCAGACAACAUCUGAUACAAUGACGACAGAAGGUCAGACAACAUCUGAUACAAUGACAACAGUAGCCCAGACAGCAUCUGAUACAAUGACCACAGAAGGUCAGACAACAUCUGACACAAUGACCACAGUAGCCCAGACAACAUCUGACACAAUUACCACAGUAGCUCAGACAACAUCUGAUACAAUGACCACAGAAGGUCAGACAACAUCUGAUACAAUGACCACAGGAGAUCAGACAACAUCUGACACAAUGACCACAGUAGCCCAGACAACAUCUGAUGCAAUGACCACCGUAGGUCAGACAGCAUCUGAUACAAUGACAACAGUAGCCAAGACAACAUCUGAUACAAUGACCACAAUUGACCAGACAACGUCUGACACAAUGACCACAAUAGACCAGACAAGAUCUAAUACAAUGUUCACCAGCAUGGGAUCUACUCUUUCCCAACUAGGUAUUAACAGAUUCAUUCUUAGUUUGAUUAAGAUAAAUCUAUAGCUUCCUAUACCAAAGCUUGUCUUAAUAGCUUCAACAUCCUUUGACUGCUUUUCAUGA